AUGGAGAAGAAGCGACGGGCGCGCAUUAAUGUGUCGCUGGAGCAGCUCAGAUCGUUGCUAGAGAAACACUACUCGCACCAGAUCCGGAAACGCAAGUUGGAGAAGGCAGACAUACUGGAGCUGAGCGUCAAGUACAUGAAAAGCCUUCAGAACUCGGUGCAAGGGCUCUGGCCGGUCCCCAGCGGAGCCGAGUACCCGUCGGGCUUCCGCGGCUGUCUACCGGGCGUUAGCCAACUUCUGCGGCGCGAAGAGGAGGGCGGCGACGGUCUGCGCUGUCCCCUGGCGCACGAGCGCGCGGGUGGCAGCACCAUGGACAGCGCCAGUUCCGGCCCCGAGGCGCCCGCGCGGCGCGGCCCCGGCGGCCCCCCAGUUUGGGUCCCUGCUCCGGCCGCCGCCGGCUCGCGGUCCCCGCCACCCCGGCUCCUCUUCUCUGGAGGUCUCCCCGGUCAGUCCACCGGCAUCCCCGCGCCGCAGUCGGCGUCUCGCCGCUUCGCCGAGAGCCCGGGGCCGGGGCUGCGCUUGUGGCGGCCCUGGUGA